CCACAUCAGUAAGUCAGAUUCGAUAUUCAAAAUUAUGCUCUCAAACUGAGAUCGCCUCAAUAAUAAUUGGUUAAUUUAAAUCGCUUGCAUAGCAGCAAAAUAUAUUUCUGAAUUUGGUCAAAAAUGCCACGUCAAAGGUCGAGCAAACCAACAUCUGGAGCGGGACGCUAUAGCACUGGCAGCACUAGGAGCAGCAGUAGCAGCAGCAGUCGAGGCGGAUACACUCCAUUCACUCGCAAAUCGAGCAGCAAUCUGCCAGCUGUGCCGCCCAAGGCAGAGACGAAACCGGCAACAGUUGCAGCUGCAGCUCCAGCUGCUCCUAGCUCGGGGCGUUCGACAGGGGAUCUGAUGAAGGAUAUGGCAGCGACUGCAGCAGGAGUUGCCGUCGGCUCGGCUGUAGGUCAUGCUGUGGGCGCUGGCAUAACAGGUGCAUUCAGUGGAGGUGGCCAAACAGCAGUGCAGCACGCACCACAGGCACCGCCAGCUGAAGAGAGGAGACCGCGAAGUGAACUGGUCGAAGAGGGACCCUGUGCCUUUGAGAUACGUCAGUUUCUCAAAUGCAGCGAGGAGAACAGCGAUCUAUCAGUUUGUCAGGGCUUUAAUGAGGCAUUGAGACAAUGUCGUCAUCGUUACAAUCUAUAAAUCCGGAUCUCAUGGCAGUUGAAGGCGUUUCACAACAAAAACCAUUUAGUUCAUUUAUUCAAAGCAAAUACAAAACUUUUGGCAUUACAAA